CCACUACCGCCGCCAUCAUUACGUCUUUUUCUGUUUCUCCGGUGAUUUACAGUCAAGCAAACAUGGCGAGAGGCAGUAGUGCUGGUUUUGACAGGCAUAUUACGAUUUUUUCACCUGAAGGGCGACUUUACCAAGUCGAGUAUGCUUUUAAAGCCAUUAAUCAGGGCGGACUGACGUCUGUGGCUGUCAAGGGAAGCGACACUGCGGUGUUUGCGACACAAAAGAAAGUUCCUGACAAGCUUCUGGAUGCCUCAAGUGUCACACACGUCUUCCAACUCACCGAGUACAUAGGGUGUGUGAUGACAGGCAUGAUUGCUGACAGCAAAUCGCAAGUGCAGCGGGCUCGUUACGAAGCAGCCAACUUCAAAUACAAGUAUGGAUAUGAGAUCCCAGUGGACACACUCUGUCGUCGAGUCGCUGAUAUCAGCCAGGUCUACACGCAGAACGCAGAGAUGAGGCCACUGGGGUGCUCAAUGAUGCUGAUUGCUUAUGAUCAGGAGAAAGGUCCCUCCAUCUACAAAGCCGAUCCCGCUGGCUACUUCUGCGGUUAUCGGGCCAUCUCUGUCGGCGCCAGGCAGACGGAGGCCAACUCCUACCUCGAGAAGAAGUUGAAGAAGAAGCAAAACUACAACCACGACGAGACCAUUCAACUAGCAAUCACAUGUUUAUCAACGGUCCUCUCUGUUGAUUUUAAACCCUCGGAAAUCGAGGUCGGAGUUGUCUCCAAGGAUAAUCCCAAAUUCCGGGUUCUCAAUGAGCAAGAAAUUGAUAAACAUCUUACUGCCAUCGCUGAAAAGGAUUAAUUCGCAUUUUUUCGAACGUUUGUUUUGAUUAUCCAAUAAAUAGCUUAAAGAUACAAUUUUUUUUUGUUUAAUUUCAAGGUUUCGUCAUUGGUAAAUCAAGAAAGCAUAAGUUUUUGCAGCUGUGGGUUUUUGAGAUUUUUCAAUAAACUUGUGCAAUUUUUUAUGAA